AUGUCAGUUCUCUUAUCAAAUGACUCGGAAACGUAUUGCAAGUUGGAUAUUUGUACCAACUAUUCGGCACCAUAUGAGUCUGCGUUACUGGUCGAUGCCUGGCUUGUGCCACUCGUGUUUGUUAUUUUUAUGAUCUUUGGAGUGUGUGGAAACUCAUUAGUUCUUUAUGUCAUAUACAAGCAUAAGAAAAUGAGGAGUGCAACAAACGUUUAUAUCGCAAGCCUGGCUACAACGGACAUUGUUUUUCUGGUCUGCUGUAUACCAUUCACUGCAAUGCUUUACCCUUUGCCAAGUUGGGUCUUCGGGAACUUAAUGUGCAAAUUGGUGAGCUACAUCCAACAGGUGUCUGCCCAAGCCACGUGCGUAACACUCACCGUGAUGAGUGUGGACCGCUGGUACGCGACAGUGUAUCCCAUCCGUUCUUUACAGUACCGAACGCCAAGGCUAGCUGCUGCAGUCAGCCUUGGCAUAUGGAUAGGGUCUUUUCUGCUGUCCGUUCCAGUGCCUUUGUACAGCAGAACCAUGGUUGAGGAAGGGCAUGGCCCUCGGGUCUUCUGCACCGAGACCUUCCCUACUGCGAUGCACCUGAAGGUUUUCAUCUUGUACAACUUCCUGGCUGUGUACCUGCUCCCCCUCUUCACUAUCUGCGUGUGUUACUGGCUCAUGCUCUACCAAAUGGGCCGUCCCACCGUUGAGCCCAUUGACAACAACUACCAGCUGCAGGUCCUGACCGAGCGCUCGGCGGCCUUUAGGGCCCGCCUGUCACGCAUGGUCCUGGUGAUGGUGCAGCUCUUCCUGCUGUGCUGGGGCCCCAUCCAGCUCUACAUCCUGGUGCGGGCGUUCAGCCCACACUUCCAGUACAACUACUGCACCUACAAGCUGAAGAUCUGGGCGCACUGCAUGUCCUACCUUAACUCCUGCAUCAACCCUGUUGUGUACGCCUUCAUGGGGGCCCACUUCCGCAAGGCCUUCCGGAGGACCUUCCCCUGCCUGUUUAAGCAGCGCGUGGCUGCUGCCCCACCACCACCCAACAGGAACGCACACACUGAGAUGCAGUAUGUGUCAUAG